UCCUGUGUAACCCUGAGCAGCGGGUUUGGGCAGAGUGCGCGUUAUUGCAGGAUGUGGUGAAUGCAGGAGGUGGUGCCGCUCACAGCUCGCGCAGUGACGGUUGGGACAACGAGACGUGGCGCGUACUCAGAGACGGACAGCAGCUGGGAGACUCAAACGAGUUAAAGUUCGCUUUGAAGGGCGGAAAAUUACGGGCCGACGUCCGCUCGACCGUCGGGUGGGGAGCAGUUUAGGGAGCAGAGCUGAUUCAAUCAUCUGAGCUCCAGGGAAGAGCCCGGAACCAAGCGACGCGACUCGUUUUGUUUUCUGAAAAGAUUUGUAACGUAAAUCGUUUGAGAUGUCUGUGUAGAAACUCUCUUGUUUCUUUUUGUUUAGUUUUUAGUUUUGUUGUUUGUUUUGGAUUUGUGUACUUUGGAGAUGAGUGCGUCAGUGAACGGAGUGGAACCCAAACCCGCACCAGCGGUCAGUCAGAACGGACCGGGUUCUGUUCCUCCGAGCCCCACGAAUGUCAACACACUCGAGCCGGGGCUACUGGACGAGGAGCCGCAGUCUGCGGUGACGGACACCACGCAGAUGGGGAUCAAGUUCGCCAAGACAUUCCUGCUGAUUUUCCCCAUAUACGUGCUGGGAUAUCUGGAGUUCAGUUUCAGCUGGGUGCUCAUCAUCCUGGCCGCGCUGUUUUGGCUCAGACGGAACCAGGGCAGCAGAUUCGCUCGGGUGAACCAGGCGCUGCAGUUUCUGGAGCAUGAGGAGCGAGCGGUGCGUCAGACCAUCCGGAGCUCAGAGCUGCCGCCGUGGGUUCAUUUUCCAGAUGUGGAGAGAGUGGAGUGGCUCAACAAGACUGUGCAUCAGAUGUGGCCAUAUAUUUGUCAGUUUGUAGAUAAACUCUUCAGAGAGACCAUUGAGCCAGCGGUGCAGGGAGCCAAUGCGCACCUUAGUACUUUUACCUUCUCCAAGAUAGACAUGGGGGACAAGCCUCUCAGGGUGGAUGGAGUGAAAGUUUAUACAGAGAAUGUAGACAGAAGACAGAUUAUUAUGGACUUACAAAUCAGUUUUGUCGGAAACACUGAAAUCGAUGUGGAUAUUAAGAAAUACUACUGCCGUGCAGGAAUCAAGAGCAUCCAGCUUAAUGGGGUGUUGAGGGUCAUCAUGGACCCAUUGCUGGGGGACAUGCCUCUGAUUGGUGCACUUUCUGUGUUCUUCCUCAAGAAACCUUUUCUGGAUAUAAACUGGACGGGUCUUACAAAUAUGCUGGACAUCCCUGGAAUAAAUGGUCUGUGUGACGGCAUUAUUCAGGAUAUCAUAUACAGUUAUCUCGUGCUGCCGAACAAAAUCACUAUUCCGCUUGUAAAUGAAGCACAAAUUUCCAGACUCCGCUUCCCUAUGCCAAAGGGCAUUCUGCGGAUUCACUUUCUGGAGGCGCAGGACCUGGUAGGGAAGGACACGUUUCUGGGUGGCCUUAUAAAAGGAAAGUCAGACCCGUAUGGCGUUAUUCAGCUUGGGAAUCAGCUCUUCAGAUCCAAAAUCAUCAAAGAUACGGUUAAUCCUAAAUGGAACGAAGUUUACGAGGCAUUUGUGUACGAUAACCCAGAAAAGAAUGUGGUGAUAGAGCUGUUUGAUGAGGACACUGAUAAAGAUGAUUAUUUGGGAAGCCUUACCAUCAACGUAGAUGAACUAGAGAAGGAACAGAAAGUAGAUGAGUGGUUUGUACUUGAUGAUGUUGCUACAGGAAAGCUUCACCUGAAGACUGAAUGGCUUUCUCUUCUCCCUACACCUGAUAAACUCGAAGAGGUUUUAAGCAGCAUUAAAGCAGAUAAAGGGCAAGCCAAUGAUGGACUGUCAUCAGCAUUAUUGUUGGUGCAUCUGGACUCAGCCAAAAAUCUGCCACGCAAUCCUUUAGAAUUCAACAGUGCAGGUCUGAAGAAGGGUACAGUCAAUAAAGCGCUAAAGUCUGGUAAAAAGGUUGCCAGUAUGCCCAGUCCAUUCGUCCAGUUUACUGUGGGACACAAAUCCUUUGAGAGCAAGACAAGAUUUAAAACCAAUGAGCCCGUUUGGGAGGAGGCCUUCACAUUCCUGAUCCACAAUCCAAAGAUUCAAGAACUUGAAGUGGAGGUAAAGGAUGAGAAGCACGAGUGUUCCCUUGGGACGUUUUCUCUUCCUCUGUCAAAUCUGCUGCAGGAGGAUCAGAUGACUAUCAGUCAGCGUUUCCCACUCAAGAACACAGGACCCGGUGCUACGCUUAAGAUGAAGAUGGCACUUAGGGUAACACACAUGCAUAAACAUCUUACACACACAUUUUUGUUUAAUUAAAUUAAAGAAUUGAAU